AUGAGUAGAUUAGUAGCAGAUAGAGAUAGACAGAUUAGAAGAGUCAUAAGAGAGAUGCAAAACAUUGAAGAUUUGGUUCAAAAGUUGAUGAUUGACCAGUCAUCAUCGUCAUCAACUUUGACCUCCUCCUCGAAAUCAAUGACUCCUACCACUACAAACAUCAAGAUACCUAUAUCAUUAAAUCUAUUGGAUAAUUUAAAUGACCUCAAGUCAUUGUCACCACAUGGUGGAGUACAUUCUCCACAGAUGCACAGUGCCAAUAGUAGUGGGUCCGGUGGAGGUGGAGACUCAUCUAGCCAGUCUGGGUCAUCGUCAUCAUCCUUUUCAACAGUCUCUUCAGCCGUUGAAUAUGAAAACAAACUACAACAAAUCAAGGAUAUAAUUAGCAAGUUGGUGAGCAAGUAUGUGGGAGAUCAAGUCUUUCGAGUUGAUUUAUUUCAAGGACUUGAAUCGCCUUCUUGGGAAUUACUGGGUGGUGAUCAACGUCAACAUGUCCAACAAGACGACCCAUUAUUCAGUAUACUAAACGACAAUCAUCAAGAGUUGAAAGAAAAGAUCCAGGCCAGUUGGAGAGAGCGUGGGGAGGUGUUGAUCAACUGGUCAAGCGUCAUUCUCAAAGUGCACCAGGUCUUGUUGAACAGCACAUUGUAUCAUCAGCUGCUAAAGAGGAUAGCAGCUGCCAAUGCCGACGAUUCCGUGUCGUCGGGGAACAACUUGUUAUUGUCGCGUGUAGAGGGUGCCAGCAACAAGGCGAGUGUUGGUAAAUACCCAGUGUCUCUGUCUUCCAAUAACUUGGGUGCCCUCGCACCACCUUUGGGACAGCAGCAGCUGCAGGUCGACCCCAAGACAGGCCAGCCUUUCAACGUAGUCGAUGCCAUCAAAUCAACACCCGUCACCCCAUCACAAAGCUCACCCGUCCUAAACAACACGAGUGCACAACAAGGUAACGGUGCACUAGAUUCACCAACCUCACUAGAGUUACGUCAACCUACUCCUCUUUAUAAAGAGACGAAUGGGUCUGGUAGUAGUAGUAGUUCAUCCUCAUCAUCCUCUUCAUCUUCGUCGUCGUCAUCAUUUAAACCAGAGAAACAACCUGUUAAAAUGGUUCAAAAUUCAACAUCUAAUUCAACAGCUAGUAGUGGGGGUAGCUCAUUCUCCUUGUCUUCACUACUCGCUCAACAAGGUGCUGCCAAACAAGAGCUACCACAAGGGUUGAGAGAGUUGGCUGAACGAUCAUCCAAAUACGAUCAGUCUAGAUCCGGACAACAAUCAUCAUUACCACCACUCCAACCACCUCCACCAUCAUAUCAACAACAUCAACAACAACAAUCUCAACAAGUCCCAAGAAAUGUAUAUGAUUCACCGACGAUUAAUCCAAAUAUUAACAAGUUACCAUCAAAUUUUGAGACGGAUCCUGUCAUGUUGCCAGAUGGAACAUCGUUUGUUAAUUUGUCGGCACCUUCACCAAACCAACUGCCAAUGUCAAUGAGCUCGCCAGUGUCGAGUCAGUCUGGGUCGUCGUCGACAACGUCCAUCCCUAUUCCACAGGCCAGUCUUAUGUCACCUCCAACAUCGGCCGCGUCGUAUGGGUCGAAUACGAGCAGCAUGUCGCGUAUCUCUAGCUCCCCGUACGGCGAGGGUAUGCCACCCACUCGUCUGACCGAGUCAUUCUUUCCAACCUCCUCGUCUCGUGGUCCCCCAACCUAUGAUAGUAUGAGUAUGCAGGUUGGUAGUGUUGGCAACAACAACAACAACAUCGCUCUUCCAUCUUCACCAUCAUCACAACAAAUGUUAAGAUCUUCUGGUGGUCUAAUGAGAGGUUCAACUUUAAAUCAACCAAAUAAUAAUAAUAAUAAUAAUAGUAGUGAACCAAUUGGAAUUACUAUUCAACAGUCAUCGUCAUCACAACCACUUCAAGUACCACUUAUUAUUACCACUUCACCUUCAUCACAUUCAACUUCAUCUUCAUUUAAUAAUAGUAUGAAUUUAAUUUCAUCAACUCCACCAAAUAUGGGUGUUGGUCAAGUUGCAGGAGGGAUGAUGAUGUCAACAUCAGUAUCAUCUUCAUCGUCGUCGUCGUCAAAACCUAUUCCAAUCUCAUCGAUUGGUAUACCAGCACCAAUCAACACUUUGGCACCUGCCAUUGACAACACUAUUGUACCAGCGAGUAGUUCAUUCAAGGCAACGUACAGCAACCAAAAUGCAGCCAAUCAUCAUGGUCAGUCGGUGCAACCAAUCACCAACAUCUCAACUAUGACCGACCAAGUAUUACCAUCUUGGCUUGACCUCACAUACACUGUCAAUGGUAAUGUGAAUGGUGAAAAGUCAGCAGACGACUUGUCAAUUGAUUUAUUCUCAUUACUUUUGAUUGAAAAGUCUGGUGGUAGAUUAGACCAUUUGUUAGAGUCGAGACUGAUUCAACUCUUGCACGACAAGAUACAGUCCGUGAUUGAGGAAAAGUCCAAUGUCUGGAUCGAACAUAUCUUUCAUCAUUGGGUCAAGUCGGUUAAUAUUUUUUACCAUCACGAGAUUGUUGGUAAGAUUGGCGAGCUUGUCAAAGAGUAUUCCAAGCAUGUUUGGACAGACUCCAAGUAUCAGUAUUACCUCAACACGAUUGUUCAGUUGAGACGUAUGUAUCCUCCUACAACCACAACUACUCCUACACAUGGACAUCAACAUCAACCAACAACACAACAACAACAUCAACUAUCAAUAAUGGUAUCAAAACAAGAAGAAGUACAAAUGAAAUUAAUUAUGAAACAAUUGAUUGAUGAUGCAUUGGGAUUGGUGUUGGUUCAGGAUCACCAAUCUUUGAAACAUGUUGAAAGGUUGGCAGUUGGGUUGAUGGGACAUAACCUUGCAUCGGUGCGUCAAAGUUCGGUUUGUCUACUCAACGUUAUCUAUGAUUCACAUGAUUGGCAAUUAGAGUCACCUUUGAAACCAGUGAUUCGUGUGAUUGGUGAUGCGUUCCGUGUAGAGUUGGAUCUUGAAGUACCACUUCCAGAAGACGUACUCAAUCGUAUCUAUGUGCUGACUGUGACACCGUCGAUUAGUAACAAGGCUGGUAAACUCAACAACAGUGCCACAAUAUUCACUCGCAACAAGGCACGAGUCGAUGUGAGUGGCACCAAACUAUACCAUGAAGCUCCCUCCUCAUUUUAUCGUGCCGGUUACUAUGAUUGGAUUUUCGUCGAGCUUGCAAGCACCGGUCUCUACAAACCAUUUGAUUUCAACGCCUACAAAAUCAAAUUACCCGCCAUCCAACCAACCCUUCAACAAUCAACUCAAACAACUAUCCCCAAUCAAGAAUCAACUCUUAUUCAAGGUAGAUUUAUUGUUCAUCCAAAAUUACGUGAAGAAAUUAUGCAUGAAGUAUGGGUAGAUUUACAAGAUGCAGUUUGGGAUUCACAUAGAGGAGAGAUUCAAAAGAAAGGAACAUUACAAAACUUGAUAGAUUCUUUGGAUGGAUAUCAUAUGGAUGGUGUGACGACGUUGUAUGUGAUGGGAUUGUUGGAGAGAUUGAAUCACUCACAUCCAUUCUGUCCGACCGAUAGAGAAAUACCUAAUCGUGCAACUGGAGGAUCGAAUCUAUUCCAACAACUGGUUAGUAAAGCCAAGCAAUUGGGUAUUCGAUUGGUGGUGGAUUCAACGACUCGUUUGUCGUCGAGAGCAGCUCAUCGCAAGUAUAAUCGUUCGAUUUGUUACACACUCGAUGCUAAAGGUCAGUUGGGCAGAUUAGAGGGAACGGAUUCGAGCGAGUUUACUUGGCCCGAUUGCGUGCAGAUUAAUAUGCGAAAGUUGUCGGCUUGGGAGACACUGGUCAACGAGACGUUGGGAUGGGGUGAGCGUGGUGUAGAUGGUAUUCGCGUCGACGGCGGUCAUACUUGUCCACUCAUAUUCCGUGCCAAUCUCGACGAACUCUAUCGUUUGGACAGUGAUGACCAACCACACUAUUCCAACCAACAAAUCUUUGAUGGUGAGAUUGUCAUGUCGCCGUCUGAAGAGGAGAUUCCAAUCACUUAUAUUGGCGAGCAACAAGGUUGGUACUAUCACGUCGACAUCCACUCGAGCCGUGUCAAGGUGGGUAUGUCGUCGACACCAUUCCAACUACAGUACCCACAGAUCCGCGGACAUUAUGCACAUCGUGUGUCACUGCGAAAGAACCAUACACUGUUGCGUCGUGGUGGUAUGAUCCCCUUACUAUGCUACCAUCAACAGGGAUGGCACGACCGCGUGUUUGGAUUUGCUCGUUUCUCAGGCACCGAGUUGGCCAUCAUCGCCAUCAACUUUGAUAACCACGACACUGAGUUUUACGUCGAUUGUAGUCCGUUGGCCAAGAUAUCUACCGAGGAAACCACCAUCUAUCGUCUGAUUGAUCUCAUCAAUCCCAGCAACCCACCACAAUACUUUUCACAACAGGAACUGCUCUAUGAGAAACACUUUGUCGUCGUGCCGGGAUACUCUAGUAUUUGCUGGGGUGUCUACCACCAAGUCAAGAGUCCGGCUGCCAUCCGUGUGCUCUACGAACACAGUAUGACACGUCUCAAGCAGCUGCUGGCCGACAAUGUCGAUCCUUCCAACAAUCUCAUCUACUCGAUUUUGAAAAAGGGGUUGGCAUCGGUCGACGACUUUGCAGUGUCAAUCGACGACAUUGUCUCUAAUCUCUCGGGCAACAAUGAAAAGAGUUUUGCUCAAUUUAUUCAACAAGUAUUAUACCAUCUCACACGUUCAUUUGAUGGUUUUAAAAUUAUUGCUUACUUGGAUUAUUUAUCAAAAAGAUUUAAUCAACAAAAUAAUAAUAAUAAUGAUCAAAAUAUUAAUAAUAAUAUUUUAGUAAGUCCAACAUUUUCAUCAUCAUCUUCAUCUUCAUCAACUUCAACAACUAUACCACAACAAAUUAAAAUUAAUAGUAGAGUUGCAAAGAUUUGUAAGGAUAUUUUACAACAUAAUACAUUGGGACCGAUUUUUUGUCGGACGUAUCGUCCUGCAAAAGGCGACGGUGCACUCGUCAACCUUGGCUCAGACUUUGGUCUCAUGCCCUCUCUUUUCGAGCCAAGUGGUGUUGUGCAACAAGAGUACUUUGCAGCCGGCACACCCGUCAUUGCGUUCAAGACGGGUGGUCUAAAGGACACGGUCUUUGAAUACAACAUGCUCGAUGAAACAGGCAACGGAUUCACAUUCGAAGCACACAAACACAGCGAUUUCGUCCAAGCUGUCAACCGUGCAUUCAACAUCUUUUCCAAUCCCCAUCACUACCAAAAGAUCCGCGAGAGAUGUUAUGAAUCAGUCCUCGACAUGCAAGUAGUCGCCGAAGCUUGGGCAAAGGAAUUCUCAAGAAUGAGAAGAUCAAUUUGGGCUGAUGCUUCACUCAUUGAACAAUCAUAUAAUCAUUUAAUUAAAGAAAAUAAUCAAAACAAUAAUAAUCAAAAUCAAAAUCAAUAA